CUCGGAACUUGCUGACUGCGCGGCCGGGAGGAGCUGAGCCGGGCGGCGGCGGCGGGAGGCCACAGCGCGCGGGGGUCCCCCGCGUCCCCUCCGCCUCGCCGGGAGCUCGCGCCCUCGCCCUGCCGAGCUCCCGACACCCCCCUCCCCUUUUUUUUUCCGAAGGCGCUGGGCGGCGCCACCCUCCGGCCGGAGCCCGGCACUGCACAACCCCCUCCGACUUUCAAUGUUCCACACUCCCCGGCCAGAGCCUCCUCGGCUUCUUUUUUUCCCUCCCCCCUUUCCCCCCCCCUCAGCUGCCUCCAUUUCCUUAAGGAAGGGUUUUUUUCUCUCUCCCUCCCCCACACCGUAGCGACGCGCGAGCGGGCCGGGCGGGUGGCCGAGUUUUUCAAGAAAUAACUUCACCAAGAUGUCCAGUGAUAGGCAAAGGUCCGAUGAUGAGAGUCCCAGCACCAGCAGUGGUAGUUCAGAUGCGGACCAGCGAGACCCAGCGGCUCCAGAGCCUGAAGAACAAGAAGAAAGAAAACCUUCUGCCACCCAGCAGAAGAAAAACACCAAACUCUCUAGCAAAACCACUGCUAAGUUAUCCACUAGUGCUAAAAGAAUUCAGAAGGAGCUAGCCGAAAUAACCCUUGAUCCUCCUCCUAACUGCAGUGCUGGGCCUAAAGGAGAUAACAUUUAUGAAUGGAGAUCAACUAUACUUGGUCCACCAGGUUCUGUAUAUGAAGGUGGUGUGUUUUUUCUGGAUAUCACAUUUUCAUCAGAUUAUCCGUUUAAGCCACCAAAGGUUACUUUUCGCACCAGAAUCUAUCACUGCAACAUCAACAGUCAGGGAGUCAUCUGUCUGGACAUUCUUAAAGACAACUGGAGUCCCGCUUUGACUAUCUCAAAGGUUUUGCUGUCUAUUUGUUCCCUCUUGACAGACUGCAACCCUGCGGAUCCUCUGGUUGGAAGCAUAGCCACUCAGUAUUUGACCAACAGAGCAGAACAUGACAGGAUAGCCAGACAGUGGACCAAGAGAUACGCAACAUAAUUCACAUAAUUUCUACACAGUGUGGAGGAGCAGAAGGCAUCUUCUCACUGUGCUGCAAAUCUUUAUAGCCUUUACAAUACGGACUUCUGUGUAUAUGUUAUACUGAUUCUACUCUCUGCUUUUAUCCUUUGGAGACUGGGAGACUCCCCAAAAAGGUAAAUGUUAUCAAGAGUAGAACUUUGUAGCUGUAGAUUAGUUACGUUUAAAACGCCUACUUGCAAGUCUUGCUUCUUUGGGAUAUCAAAAUGUAUUUUGUGAUGUACUAAGGAUACUGGUCCUGAAGUCUACCAAAUAUUAUAGUGCAUUUUAGCCUAAUUCAUUAUCUGUAUGAAGUUAUAAAAGUAGCUGUAGAUGACUAGGAAUUAUGUCAUUUGUAUUAAACCCAGAUCUACUUCUGAGUAUGUGGUACAUGCUGUUGUGAAAAAUGUUUUACCUUUGCCUUUGUCAGUUUGUAAUGAGAGGAUUUCCUUUUACCCUUUGUAGCUCAGAGAGCACCUGAUGUAUCAUCUCAAACACAAUAAACAUGCUCCUGAAGGCGUA